UCCAAACACAUCAUAGAGCCCAUGCCAUCACACCGGAGUACAAUAAAACAUCAUAGAAACCUUCGAAAAAAUGGUGGCGCCGUCAAGUUUCUGAUCUUGUUGCUGUUGUGCUACUUCCGACACACUCUUCCAGCAAUCAAUGGAGCCAGUUUGCCCUAUUUCUUCGCGUUGCGCCUCUGAAAUCUCUGCUCUUCUUGCUCCUCCCUCACCUCUUCAACUUCAGGAAUAUUAUCACACCCUUCUGUCUACAAGACAGUGCAGUGGCAUCACAGUCAAACAAUAUGAGAAUUUUGAAAAGGGUUUAUUUGCUGCCAUGGACUUCAAAGAGGAGGAACUGGUUCUGAAGGACCACAUGCUUGUGGGGGCUCAACACUCCUCCAACCAGAUUGAUUGUUUUGUCUGUAGCUACUGCUUUCGGUUUAUUGGUUCCAUUGAACAUCAAAUUGGAAGGAGGCUUCUCUUGCAAAGUCAAGCCAGUGAGAGUCAUGAUUGUGAUGUGGGAAACUUUUCAGGCUCUUCAGAUGCCUGCCAUAAAAUGGAUUCAUCUGAUGAAGAGGAGGGCGAUCGGCUAUGUGCUUCUGCGAGUUCCAAAGCUAAAGUUCCUCUCCCUGAAGGUGUUGUGGAAUCAUUGCUCAAUGGCCAAUUGAUAUUGCCUUUCACUGAGAAGUUCUCCUUGCCGUCGGAUGUUCCGUGUCGUGGUGGAUGUGGAGAAGCUUACUAUUGCAGCGAGUCAUGUGAAGACGCUGGUUGGGAAUCCUCUCAUUCUUUACUCUGUACUGGUGAUAGUAAUGAUCCAGCACAUUUGGCGGCGCUCGAUAAAUUCUUCAAACAUGCUAAUGAUACAAAUGACAUAUUCAUCCUUGCAGCAAAGGCCAUUUCUUCUACCAUAUUAAGGUACCGCAAGUUAAAAGCAAAUUUCCUUGAGGAGCAAGUGACAUAUGAUACAUCCCGUGUUUCAAAUCACUGCAAUUUCUCUCUUCUUUUGGAAGCUUGGAGGCCUAUAUCAAUGGGACACAAGAAAAGGUGGUGGGACUGCAUUGCAUUGCCAGAUGAUAUUGAUUCUUCUGAUGAAGCUUCAUUCAGGAUGCAAAUAAAAGAGUUAGCAUUUGAGUCUCUCCAACUUCUCAAGACAGCUAUAUUUGACAAGGAAUGUGAAGCAUUAUUUUCCCUUGAAAUCUUUGGACACAUCAUUGGCAUGUUUGAGCUGAAUAAUCUCGAUUUGGUUGUGGCCUCUCCUGUGGAGGAUUACUUUUUAUACAUUGAUGAUAUGACACAUCCCGAUAAGGAAAAAGCUGAGAAUAUUACACAACCUAUUCUGGAUGCUCUUGGUGAAGACUAUUCUAUUUGUUGCCAAGGAUCUGCGUUUUAUCCUCUGCAAAGCUGCAUGAACCAUUCCUGUUAUCCUAAUGCCAAAGCUUUCAAAAGAGAUCAGGAUAUAGAUGGCCAAGCAACAAUAAUUGCCCUGAGGUCCAUUUGUAAAGGAGAAGAGAUAACCAUCUCCUAUGUUGAUGAGGACCUUCCACUUGAAGAGAGACAGGCAUCGCUUGCAGAUUAUGGUUUUAAAUGCAGGUGUCCAAAGUGCAUUGAAGAAGAGCCAUGAUUUGCACAACUGGUUUAGAAGACAAUUAGGCUUUCUCAACUGGGACUGUUGUUAAAAUGCAAGUAAAAGAGGAGGAAUGCAAGGAAGAUACAAUGACCUGCAUGCAACAUGUGUUACAUCAGUUGUGUCACUUUAUUUUAUAUAGAAGUAAAUUUGAUUUAAGUUAGAAAAUUUUGAGCCAAAUAUGAGUAGAAAAACAUCAACUAUAUAUAUAAACUGCAACUUUACAACGAAAAGGUGAUGGUGGAAGUGUUUGAA